GAGGAAAAAUUAAGCAUUGUAGAAAGAUUAGGAAAUGAUUGUCAUCAUUUGAGUUCCUAACAACUCAAUAAGAAGAAGAUAAAUAAUCCAAUUUAAAAAUGGACAAAAAGGCAGCUCUGUUCGCCGCCCCAUGCCCCAGCCAGCUAGCAUCUGCCAUGCCUCUCGGCCCAGUAGAUCUCACCAAAAUGCCAUCUCAGAUGGAGCAUGCCAUGGAAACCAUGAUGUUCACGUUUCACACAUUUGCCGGGAAUAAAGCCUACUUAACAAAGGAGGACCUCAGAGUGCUCAUGGAGAAGGAGUUCCUGGGAUUUUUGGAAAAUCAAAAAGACCCUCUGGCCUUAGACAAAACAAUGAAGGACCUGGACCAGUGCCGAGAUGGCAAAGUAGGCUUCCACAGCUUCUUUUCCCUAAUUGCCAGCCUCACCAUUGCGUGCAACAACUAUUUUGUAGUACACAUGAAGCAGAAGGGAAAGAAGUAGGCAGAACCAAGCAAUUACUCUGCCCUGAAAAGUGUUUUCUCAAAGGAUUGCUUCAAACAUCUGCCCCACAGCUUCUCCCUAUAUAAGGAUUUCAUGAGCGGAUUAGGAUCCUUAGAAUAUAUACAAAUAAAAUCCAACUCCCAUUUGUCAAGCAGAGAAGAAAAAGUUAAUUAAA